AUGUCCACGUCCACAAACCAGAGGCAAUCUGAGCACCACCUUUUCAAAUGGAUAGACGAGGCCAUCAUCGACGAGAUUCGAAUGGUUGAUAAAAAGGUCACCCACCUUCAGUCCGAUUUUGAAUCAUUCAAGACUACAACAACUAUGCGACUUCACGAACAUGGCAGACAUAUUGACGAGAGCCUCCUGGAGAUGAAAAAGAUUUUUCAAGACCAAACUAUCCUCCUCGAAGAAUUAAGAAACAAAUCAACCUUGGUUCUGGAUGCUAAAUCCCAUUACCCUCUCCUCAACAUGGUUGCUGCUGCCAUUGCUCUAGGUACUUUGGAGUGGUUGUAUGUAAAAAUUACCAGCAUCUGA